GUAUUACAACAAAGUAACCAGGUAACACGGGUGUGCGUUAUUUUACAUGUUAAAACAGAAACUAGUUGAGGCUGGAUGUCAAAGCAAGAGUAAAGUUUUUUGUUUGUUUUGGGUUUUUUUUGCAAUAUAUGGCAAUUUGCGUGAUAUAGAUCUGGAGUGAUAAAAGAUAUUAUAAAUCACCAGUCAAACAGACAGACAUUCACACAAUGGACUUCAACACAGAAAAGGAACAUCUCACUAAAACACCAAGUAUAGCUUCUGAAGAUACUGACUUUUUAAUGAAUGAAGCUGAGCUCUGCAAUGAAGCCCUGCAAGCUGCCGACCUGCCUGCAGAGGAAUCCGGACAGCUCCAUGUGACUGAGGACAGGAGAUCCAGAGCACCACUGCAGAAAGCAUUGAGCCAGGGAUCCAUGCUUAGCCCUGAUGGCAAGGAGAAGUAUUUCACAGGACGUAUUGGCAGAUCUUCUGAAUGUCUGGCCUAUCACAGCUCAGUGCACCGAACGCAGUCACUGAGUGACAAGCGUUCAAAGUCUCAGCAGUCAGUAAGUGUGCUGGGCCGCUCUCAUAGUUCGAGUCACAUCGCUGGAGAGAGCCGAUGUGUUACCUCCGAGGGAAUGGCUGGAGAUGUAGUCGAGGACGUAGUUGGCGACGAGCUACUCUUGAAACCGUCUUCAAGUUUAUUUCACCAGUCUAGCUCAGCCGUUGCCAGGGCAGCAUCAACUGAGAAAGUGUCUUCAACAGCAGAACCUGAUAAUGGAACUCAGGAAGAAAGGGAAAAUGAAGUUCACAAAGCUGCAACUGUUUUAGAAUCAAAGACGCCCAAUAGCCCUAGCUGUAGUCUAAAACUGUUGCUCAGUUCUCAGAUUGAGAAUGCAGCAUUAAACACUUGGGAAAAAAUCCAAGACUCUAAAUCUCACUCAAAUUCAUCCCAAGUCUCCUCUGGCAGCAGCACAACAGGAUCCGAGACGGGUGCUUUUGACUACUCUGAGGCUAAGAAAGCUAUUGAAGAGCAAGCCAGAGGAAGAGAGAGUGAAUUUGACCAGCUGACCUUUAACCCAAGUGCUCCUUCCGUACUGCAGCGACAGAUAGUCGAUUUGAAGAGUCAUAUCAACGAUUUACAAGAGGCCAAUGAGAAUGCUGUCUUUGAACUAGCCAAAGCAGAUGAAGAGAUCUCCCAGCUAAAGGCUGAUAUGGCUAAACUGAAAGCUGAAUAUGAAGAUAGUCUGCAGGACUCCCUACAAAGAUGUAGCAUAUUCAAAGAACAGGUCAGUAGAAAAUUUGGAGAGCCACUCAGUCCUGUCAGUCAUGAGAACGGCUUGGACCUAAAAGGAGAGGUCUAUCAGCUACGCAGCGAGUCACGGAAACUCAGAGAGGCCAAUCACAGGCUGAACGAGGAGAACCACUGGCUGCAGGAGGAGCUGUGGGAUAUAAAGAGACAGCACGAACGACUGCUGAGAACCAUACUUAAUGGUGCAACUGACAGUGUAGAGAGAGGGGACUAUUCUUCACUAGCUCAAACAAUUGAACACAACACAGAGCAUAACGGGAAAGUGGACAGAGUGACAAGCCUGCAGUCAGAGUCUGAGAGACUGCCAUCAUCAGCACAAUGCAGGUAUGGAAAUGUAAAAUCAGAACGCAACAAUGGACUGGCUGAGAAUGAACUGCUAUCCUGGGAAGAGAGAGAAAAGGAACGUGCACAACACAACAGCUCCCCUCUUUCACUGGACAGUGAUGGCACAGACUUUCUGCUAGUGGGCUUCAACAAAAGGAACUUUUCCUCCAAACAUGUGGCUUUUAAAGAUGUCCUGAAGAAGCAGAUCUCUCAGACUGAGAACGGGGCUCUGGGGGAUGCCCCCACUGAGCUACACCCGUUAUCCUCCACCCGUCUUCACAGCCCGGGCAAGGAAAGCAGGCCACAACCCCUGCGGCUGGGUCGUCCUGCCCAAGAGACACUGCCAGGAGGCCUGCAGGAUGAUUCAGAUGAACUGAGUGAUGACAACUUGUCUUCCAUUAGUCAGAUCACCAAUGGCCUUCAUUCUCCAGUCCAUGGCAGCGCCAGCACAACUGCGAGUAAAACUGCCAUUGCACAUGCCCCUACACCCUGUGGCAGCCAAGCUGUCCUUGGCCAAAGACGAUCCCCUGUGCUGGUUCUGCCCAGACGGCCCUUUGCACCGCGCAGCUUUACGGAUUUGAGGGUUGGGAGCCUGGUCAAAUUCUCCCGGCCUGGAGGGAAGAUCAGCAAAGGAACCGUCAAGUAUCUGGGAAAUCUCCCGGGGAGGCAGGAGAUCUACCUGGGAGUGGAGCUGGAGGGCAAUGAAGUGGGGAAGCAUGAUGGGACCUUUGAGGGGAUCCGCUGUUUCCUGUGCAAACCCAACAAAGGAGUCUUUGUGAGCUUCAGCAAAGUGAUUAUGGCUUGGGAAUGAAGACAUUCAGAGACUGCAGUGGCCGAUCACUGAAGGGCUCAUACUGUUCUGCUCUACUGGAUAGAUACUUCGUCUAGAGGUUGUUCAAGUCCUUCAUAAAUUACAGUAAUCGAUGCUGGUCCACAUACAAAAUGUAUAAGGCUGUUUUUUUUGUCACCAGAUGGAUGAGCUAAAUAAAUUUAUAAAAAAAAAAAUACACUAGCUCUCAAUUUAUAAAAACACAUGGUGGUGGAUACCUCUUGUUUUCCUUUUGACUGCUGUUUUGCAAUCGCUAUACUGUGAAUAAAAGUUUGAUUUGGGGGGGUGGGGGGCGAAUACAUGACCCUGCAGCAAAGGAGCAGUGCUUUAGGGUUUGUUUUCCAUAAGGGAAGGUAAACAGAGGCUAUUCCACUAUUUAUUGUAUUGCUUAUAACAAAACAAAAGCUUUACAAACAACUACAAAUGUCAACAGAACAAAGUGAUUUAUAUUGAAAUUGAAAAUCGUAAGCCCUAAUUAUUGUUAUUUGAUGUACCGGUAUCCUGUGACAAUGAUAGGUAAUUCAAAUCUUUAAAUGGAUGCAAGAAAACUCAUUUUGCAGCUUCAACUUGAUCACCCCUGUUGAUUUAUUGCAGAAUUAUAUGGAGUAAAAAUGUGACAAAGAAUAUAUUAAUUGUGUCUAAUUGUAAAUGUGAAACAAUUUUAUGUCAAAUUUUACUUGGUUAAAUUUACACUUUGAAACACACCAAUUAGCAUUUCUGACAUUGGAUUUUAAAUAUAUAUGUUAACAUUUUAUACUGUAAUCGAUCGUUUUUAAAGAUCUCCUUUUUCUGAUUGCUACAUGGUCAAUAUAUCUGUACUGUAUUGUGUAAAAGAAUGUAAUGUUAAAUGUGGUGUCUCUAAUUAAUAUACUUUUCAGAUUUGAGAUCAAUUAUUGGGUGUUGUAUUUGUGUGAAGGAAUGAACUAGUUUUGUAAGGCUUAUAUAUUAAAAUGAGUGAAAUACUUGAAAAAGAUGAUUAAGGGGGCUUUUGUGAACAAAUACAAACAUACCUGGGAACACUGAAAAUAUGAAGUUGGCAUCACAAAUAGUUUAGAGAUAUUAGCAGUUGUAGUAGCGGUGUUAGCAGAAUUACAGUGGCUCUCAAAAGUAUUCACCCCCCUUGGACUUUUCCACAUUUUAUUGUGUUACAACAUGGA